CGGAAAGAACGGCCAACUUUUAGGGCUCCGGUAGGAAUAAAACUAGAAAAAGGAGGAUAUCGUACGACUUUGGGGGGUUGGCGUUGUGAUACAUGGUUAGGCCGAUUGGACUUCUUGCGACAGACGAGAUGAAAAAGAGGAGGGAUGAAACCUGCUUGAGGAACUGAGUAGCGCGGGGUAGGUCCUAACUGGGAAGUAUAAAUAGACAAGCUGACCCCACCGACUCAUCACAGACACUCAAUCGAAUCUGGAGUCAACGCAUCUCUUCAAGGCUCCUCUUAUCCUCUCGGAAAUUGAUACAACGAGAGUACGUGGAUUAGAAGGUGGAAGAAAAGAAAACUCCCUUAAGAUGUCCGCUACGAGUCAAUCACUUCCAAUUUGGUGCGAUGCCGAAGCUGCUCUCAGUGCUACACAAGGCUGCCAAUUGGACAGCAGUAAAAUUCAUGCCUUCAUGAUCUCUGCUGACAAGCGUGAAGCUAGAAACCGCGACAGCGGAUGCGACUUGAGUUCGGCCGGAACUGACUCGCCAUCUAGCUAUCGCUGGAUUAAAGACGAUAAUUCUACGGGAUCCUAUUCCUGUUCGAGUUGCGAGGCCACUGUUGAUCAGACAUCCAACGUUUAUCAUCAGCUCACUCAAACGUUGGCCCAGGCCCGUCUCAAAAUUUCCGAUUCAAAAGGCCCAUUAGAUAUUCCAUCGGUACUGGCCGUCAGCGAAUCGUCGAUUGCUCUCAGUCCUAUCAUAGCGGCUGAUUUAAAAGAAGAUGGAAAUGUAGCAGUGGAUGAACUGAACGAAAAGAAAAAUCUCGAAAGAUUAUCGAAUCUACCAGAAAUGCCUAGCUUUCCAGACGCUUCAUUCACGAUGGAACCAUUAAGUCGCAAAAGUCGGGGAAGGUUGUUUCCACAAGUGUUGGCCUCGCUGGCCCUCGCCAUCGCAGCUAUGAUAGAGGGCUACUCUUCCGGCUAUACUUCUCCUGCCCUUGCAUCUAUGACCCAACCUAACAGCUCAAUCCCCGUCAACGAUCAACAGGCUUCUUGGAUUGGAAGUUUGAUGCCUCUAAAUGCGCUGAUCGGUGGCAUCGUCGGUGGAAGCAUCGUCGAGCAUUUUGGAAGGAAGGCGACCAUUAUGGCUACCGGACCUCCUUACAUCUUAUCUUGGUUGUUGAUCACUUUCGCAACAAAUCUGCCCAUGGUCUACGCCGGCCGUUCCAUCCAAGGUUUUUGCGUCGGUCUCACCACCUUAACGCUGCCAAUUUACCUGGGAGAAACCAUUCAACCAGAGGUCCGUGGAUCGUUGGGUCUGUUACCGACCACGAUCGGAAAUAUCGGCAUCCUCUUUUGCUAUAUUCUGGGCUCUUACAUCGACUGGAAAAUUUUGGCGGCCAUUGGAGCUGCCCUUCCGCUACCCUUUUUGGCCUUUAUGUGGUUCAUUCCUGAGACGCCACGUUGGUACAUCUCAAAAGGCCGUUACAACGAAGCUCGCGAGUCACUCCAAUGGCUCCGCGGGGGUAAAACCGACGUCCAAGAAGAAUUUCUCGAAAUUGAGAUGAACUACAAGAACCAGAGCGCCGGAAGUGGAGCAAGAGAGUUAUUGAAAAUGGCGUACUUCCGACCUCUGCUCAUUUCGCUGGGUCUCAUGUUCUUCCAACAGCUUUCCGGAAUCAACGCUGUCAUCUUUUACACGGUUUCUAUUUUUGAGAAAUCGGGAGGUAGCAUUGACAGCAACUUGUCAUCCAUCGUUAUCGGACUGGCCAACUUUGUCGCUACCUUGGGGUCCAAUAUGGUCAUUGACCGAGUGGGACGCAAAGUCCUGCUCAACAUUUCCGGAUUCUUCAUGGCUAUCAGUCUCGGAGCGUUGGGCGUCUUCUUCAUUUUACAACAUCUCGAUCACGAUGUCACGCACGUCGGUUGGCUUCCGCUUGCCACCUUCAUCGUCUACAUCGUGGCCUUCUCCAUCGGUUACGGACCCAUUCCUUGGCUCAUGAUGGGAGAAAUUUUCCCGAGUAAAGUACGCGGACACGCCGCAUCUGUAGCCACGGCUUUCAACUGGGCCUGUAGCUUCGCCGUGACAAAGUUCUUCAACGACCUAAUCGCGACGAUCGGUGCCCAUGGUGCAUUCUGGUUUUUCGGCUUCUUUUGCUUCAUCAGCAUCUUUUUCGUCAUCUUCUUUGUACCCGAGACCAAAGGACACAGUCUGGAGGAUAUCGAGAAAAGAAUGCUCGAGAAGAAAACAAAAGAGAUCGAUUCUACUAAACUCUAGACAGACGAGCAGUUCAGUGUUCAAGUUGGACGUCAGUGACAACAAGUUAUUUGUACAUAUAUUCCUCUUUUUCCUAUAAAAAAAAAUGCCUCAAGUAAUCUCUCACCGAUCUCUGUUGACCCCUCGCUUUCCCCACCGAAAAAAAGAAUGCCCAGAAAGCCUUAGAAUACGAAUGGAACUAUGAUGAUGGGAUUCGUUAGUUAUGGAUACAGCCACUAUUUCGAAUGCCCAGCAAACUACGAAUCAUUUUUGAUGGUCCUUAUUUUAUAUUCUAAAAUAUUUAUGUACAUAUACUAUUCCAUGCAGGGUAAAAAUACUGUAAAGCAAUAACCUUUGUUGUUUACCUUUAUAGCAUACAAACUCAGCUACACCCUCCAUACUCAAAGCAGAUCGCUAAAGCCUUAAAACUAAUAAAAAUUUUUGCACAAUGUAAUGUGAAUACACUAUUGGCACUACAA